UAUUUAGCAUGCUGUUAUACCUUAACCCAACUACUUAGCUUGUAACUAUUUCGGUUUAAAAAAAUGCGCUUUAUCUGCACAAUGGUUUGUGCACAAUUUAUGCUUGUUUUCUUAUUGUGGAGACAUAAUCGCUAAUAUGCAGAUCUUUAAACUUGUACACAAAGUUUACUGUCUAUUUUUAUACUUCACAUGUUUUGUUAUUGUACUAAUAUAGCACAGAUUAACUGCUAUGGGUUGCGAUAAUUCCGUACACGCAAUAUGCCGAUAUGCGUAAGAAUAUCAUUUUGGUUCAUAGUCUAAAAAGUGAACUUUCUCACCAUCUUGGAAUUAUGAUGCGCUGGUAACCUCGAAUUCGUUACAAGCCAUAAAUUUUUCACAAGGAUUGCAUUUAUUCAUGAUUAGGUAUUUAAAUAUACUUCGUGUCAUAUCUAGAUCGUCUGUGAUAUAAAUUCGUCAUGAACAUAAAUUCACUUCAAUGGUAAAGCAGAAUUUAGGCGCGCAAUGGUUUACCGAACCCUUUCUGUGCCUUUGCAACGAAAGGCGAUCGAAGAACUGAACGAAGAUCCACCUAUGAUUGACGAAUGUUUGUUGGGUAUUCGAGAAUGGAUCGAAAAGCAACCACAUUUAAAGGUCAAAUCAGAUGAUGACUCGUUACUGGUUUUUCUUCGAGGAUGCAAGUGGAGCCUGGAACGUGUAAAAGAAAAACUCGAUCACUUUUACACGGUACGCACUUUAAUUCCUGAGUUUUUCUCAGACAGAGACCCAUUAACUGAAGAUAUACAAACGCUUCUUAACAGGGGAGUUAUGUUGCCGUUACCAAAUACAAACGGUUCCGAUGGGCCAAGAAUUUGUUAUUUUAAUUUCGAAUGCGUUGAUUUAGAUUUACCUAAAAUAGUUCCAUCAAAAUACUUUUUUAUGAUACUUGACGCACUGCUGGAAGAAGAUGAUCAUCUAAUAGUUUCUGGAAUAGAAAUUAUAAUAAAUAUGAAAGGAUUGCCUGCUAGCUAUUUAAUGCAGUUCACCCCAACACUGGCUAUGCAGUCUAUCCAUUGCCUUCAGAGUGCAUAUCCACUCCGAGUUAGAAGAAUACUCUUGAUAAAUGCAAUGCCGGCUAUUGAGAAAGUUUUCUCCGCCAUCUUUAUGCCAUUCUUCGGAAAGAAAAUUAAAGACAGGAUACAAGUGUUCUCUGCGAAAAAUAUCGAAGAAGCCUAUGAGUAUAUACCCAAGUCUUUUUUUCCCAUAGAAUUGGACGGGGCAAACGGAUCUUGUGUCAAAUUGACAGAAAAAUGGAAAAACAAGAUUGAAAACAAAAGACAAUAUUUUUUAGAAGAAGAAAUGUACAGGAACAACGAACUGAUCAGGCAAGGCGAACCGAAGACAACCAGUGACGUGUUCGGUGUAGUAGGAUCGUUUAGAAAACUUAGUGUAGACUAAUGAGCAAAUCUCACAACAUCCACAAUGUUUUUGCAAGCUAGCAGUCCACGCAUCGCUGACAGUGUUUGUUUUUAUUACCUUAUUUGUUGUAAAUAAAACUAUAAAACAAAA